UCUUAUCCUCACUCACCUCACUCUUUAUAUAUAAUAAACACUCUUCUCCUCAAGGGCAUAGAAACGCACGCAUAAGAGGUAUUGAUGAAGACAGUAUCGGUGGACGAAACCAAGAACACGGUGGUGCUACGAGCUGAGCACCGGGACGAGGAAGGUCGAAAAGCUGUCGAUAAAUUCGAGUUAAAGACUCGAAACCCUGACACGAUCAAGCAAGUGGAGAAGAAGCUGAUGGAGAAAGGCGUCCAACGGAUGGAGAGACACCCUUCCGACGGGACUCAGAUCAGACGUCCGCCGCCGAAGUCAGGUCACGGUGGGAAGUACACGUGGGAGGGGUCUGAUAAGAUGGAGGAUUACGAGAUGCAGCCGGAUCCUCCGGCGAUGGACGAAGGUGAUCCUAAUUACGACGAGGAGAAGAUCGGUGGUGAUGACGUGGCGGUGGAGGUAGUGAAAGGUGAGGUUGAGGUGGCGAAGGAGGCGCCGGGAGGUGUGGGUAGGGUGGAGGUUGAUCCUCGCUUGAUCAGUACUGCUUGAGUUGGUAGGACAAGUAAGGAAGUGUUGGGGCGAAUGUGAGAAGGGAGUGAAACUUUGGGGGGUUUGAUUUAAAAUAUGAGUAGCGACGUUUUAAUGUAUUGUUGACGUGGUGGAAUGCUAUUUGUGUAAAGAAAUAAUAUAUAUUAAUCUUAUAGAUCAGUCAACAGACUCGUCAAGUUCUAAAAAAAAAAAAAAUUUGGAACACGCAAUUUACUCCAUAAUCUACUGUAAAAUGGAGUGAGAAAUAGAGUGAUGAAGAAAC